CACAUCCCCAACCUGUCAUUUGUUGGCCUCUUGUCCACGUCCGAUCUCUUGCCUCUACCAUCCGAAACGCCAUCGGUCAGACACAGCAGGAACGAAUCUAUCGUUUUCUUCGGCUGGACCGAUUAGCUUUGGCGUGAUAUGACCUCGCAAAACCAGCUUCGGAACCCCUCCACCACAGACCCGCACAGGACCCCCAAUUCUCCCCCAGAUCAUGACCCUCUGUCGUCAGCCGAGGUAUAUUAUGGCCAGUCUCACUCGAAGGGCAAGGGCGGUAGGAUUCGGACCCUAUCAGCGGUCACCGAUCGAAGUGACCGGAACCCCUUGCAGUUUUCCCAGUACCGCUCUAAGAAUAGGAGAUUGAGUCAUGAUGAGCAUCCAAUCAAUCCCCGCAAGUUCCUCAUUCCAGUAGAAGCGACCCUCAAAGCCCUCCUCGAUAGGGAGGAUACAGACAGGAAUAUGCAGAUCACAAUUGAGGAUACUGGACCUAAGGUACUACCGGUGGGCACAGCCGGAUCCCAGGGUUUGAAGACGUUUGAUAUUCGCGGAACCUAUAUGCUGGCGAAUUUGCUACAAGAGCUCACCCUUGCCCAAGAUCAUGGUCGAAAGACGAUCAUCCUGGACGAAGCAAGACUGAAUGAGAAUCCGGUCCAUCGGCUCAACCGAUUGAUCAGGUACUCAUUCUGGCAAGGGCUGACCCGGAGCAUUGAUGCCUCCAAUAUCCAUAUCACAGGUGCUGAUCCUAAGGAUUGGACAGAGGAUCCUAGGCCACGCAUCUACAUUCCUGUUGGCGCGCCCGAGCAGUAUGAGUAUUACUUAAACGUAGCGAAGGAGAAACCGGAGAUGCGAUUGGAUGUUCAGUGGCUUCCCGAAAAGUGCGAUGACCCCGAGUACGUCCGCGACCUCAAUGCAGCGCCGGGGCUGCUUGCCCUCGCCAUGGAGGAAUUUGCUAGCCCCAUCACCGGCGAGGUCGAACUGCGAGGACUCCCAUUUGUCGUCCCUGGAGGCCGGUUCAACGAGCUUUACGGCUGGGAUAGCUACAUGGAGUCACUUGGGCUGCUUGUCCAUGACCGGGUCGACCUGGUCAAGUCGAUGGUCCUCAACUUCGGCUUCUGCAUCCGUCAUUAUGGCAAAAUCCUCAAUGCCAACCGCUCCUACUACCUCUGCCGUACGCAGCCACCAUUCCUCACCGACAUGGCUCUCCGUGUCUACGAGCGCAUCAAACAGGAGCCGGGCGCUCUCGACUUUCUCCGUCAAGCCAUCCUCGCGGCCAUCAAGGAGUACCAUUCCGUCUGGAUGGCGGCACCGCGCUACGAUCUGGAAUCCGGGCUCUCACGAUACCGCCCCGCUGGCAUUGGCGUGCCCCCCGAGACCGAGGCCUCCCACUUCUUGCACCUUCUUGAGCCGUACGCCAAGAAACAUCAACUGUCGUUCGCCGAUUUUGUGAGCGCCUACAAUGAGGGCCGCGUCCACGAACCGCUGCUCGACGAUUACUUUCUGCACGAUCGUGCUGUCCGUGAGUCCGGACACGAUACGUCUUAUCGCCUGGAGCGUGUCUGCGCCAACCUUGCCACCGUGGACCUCAACUCCCUUCUGUACAAGUACGAAACGGACAUCUCCCGCACCAUUCGCGGCCAUUUUGGCGAUUCGCUGGUCGUCCCCGCCGAGUUCUGCGCGCCCGGAAAGAUCGCCGGCUACGUCGAAUCAUCCGCGAUCUGGGACCGCCGCGCGAAGAAACGCCGUGCGCUAAUGGAGAAGCUCAUGUGGGACGAGGAGGCCGGCAUGUAUUUCGACUACGACACCGUUAACCGACAGCGUAACACGUACGAAUCGGCCACGACGUUCUGGCCCAUGUGGUCGGGCGUCGCCACACCCCGGCAAGCCGCUGUGCUGACCAGUCGUGCGCUGCCCAAGUUUGAGAUGUUCGGUGGGCUGGUGUCGGGGACGGAGGAGUCGCGUGGGCCGGUGGGACUGGACCGACCGAAUCGACAAUGGGACUACCCGUUCGGUUGGGCGCCGCAGCAGAUGUUGGCCUGGGUGGGGUUUGAGCGGUACGGGUACUACGAGGAAGCGCAGCGAUUGGCGUAUCGGUGGUGCUACAUGGUGACCAAGUCGUUUGUCGAUUUCAACGGGGUGGUGGUGGAGAAGUACGACGUGACGCGGGAGAUUGACCCUCACCGUGUGGAGGCCGAGUAUGGCAACCAGGGGAUUGAUUUCAAAGGGGUUCCACGAGAAGGAUUCGGCUGGGUCAACGCUAGCUACGCAUACGGCAUUAACCUUCUCACGGCACACAUGAGACGCGCGCUGGGCGCGAUGACUACCUACGACCAAUUCGUCAAGGCGACCGAAGCCAUAUAAUUUUGAGUCUCGCCGAUCACUCGAGUCAGGGGCGAACGCCUGGCUGUGGUGUAUUGCAUGGGAUAGAGAGGGGAUGGACGGGCCAAAGCAUCACUGGGAAGUGCG